AUGACACACUCACCUGCUACCAACGGUUCCGUGCAAGAUGCUUACCCUGCUACGCCAACCAACAUUGACGGCCAAACCAAGUGGAAGCCAACAGGAAAAAUGGUCAAAGAAGAGGGUGGUGUGCGUUUCAUGGACAGUUAUCUUUGGGCAAAUAUUCAUGAUGAGCUCCAAGCCAUGAGGGAGAUUGUCGAUACUGAUGAUCCAGAAGAAGCCAGCGUGAUGGGCUCCGAGGACUUGAGUCCGGAUUACAAUAUCGAUCUCUUAAUUCCAUCAGACGCCUCGAACCGGUCUAUCGAGGAUCACCAACCUGAUCCAGUUCACAUCUUCAGACUCUGGCAAUUGUUUGUUGACCGCGUCAACCCAUUGACCAAGAUCAUUCAUGUCCCAUCCGUCCAGCCAUUUGCCUUGGAGAUGGCGACCGACGUGAACAAAAUUCCACUCAAUUAUCAGGCCCUGCUGUUUGCCAUCUUCACCAUGGCGACGGUAUCUCUAUCAGAAACCGAAUGUCUUCAGAUGCUGGGAAUUACUCGCGACCAAGCUUUACGACGAUAUACCAUUGGGACCAAGUUGGCACUGACAAAAUUCAACUUUCUAAAAAACUAUGAUAUGGUGGCUCUUCAGGCUUUGCUGUUGUAUUUGUUGUCUCUUCAAAACCGAUACGACCGCCAUGCUGCAUGGAUUCUAAGUGGCAUGGUUGUAAGAAUUGCCCAGAAGAUGGGUUACCAUCGCGACGGUGACUAUUUGGGGCUCAACGCUUUCGAGACGGAGAUGCGACGGCGUAUGUGGUGGCAGAUUAUUCUACAAGAUGCAAAGAAUGCUCUGGUCUCUGGAUUGAGUCAUUCGCUUCUCCCAAGCAGCUGGGAUACCAAGAUGCCGCAAAACGUCAACGAUGCCGACUUAUUCCCUGGAUCAAUCGAACCCGUUCAACCUCGCGAAGGCCCGACAGAAAUGGCAUUUUGUCUGAUCGGCUAUCAGGUUGCCAAAUUUUUAGUCAACGCUGAAUCUCUCCACGGGCACCCGGGUUUGGAGGCUGCUGUUAUGGGUGAUCUUGAAGGUCAAGAUCCUUCGAAUGUUCCGAGCAUCCAAGAGUACAGAGAGCUGGUAGACAUGCUGGAGCAAAAUCUGUUGGAAGUGGAGGCUCGCUAUAUCGAUCCUACAGCUGGAAACGUACACAUUGCUGCUCUCAGUAUUCGUCCAAUGAUCUGCAGUAAAAUGAGGGAGAUAUUGGUGCCUAUGAGAGAACAGCCCGAGUGGCAGACUGGAGAAAUUCGCGACAAAAAGGACAACCUCUUCAAGAUUGUCUUGAUGAACAACGAACACAGUACCGAUGCGUACGGCAUCAUGGACGAGACGGGAUUCCUUUGGUUCCUCAAAUUCCAUUUCCAGGUCGACAUCUUUACCGUCAUGACGAAACAGCUUUGCCAACGACCGAAAGGCUCCCUUGCCGACCGCGCUUGGAACAUGGUUGAGAAGAUCUAUCAUUAUCACCCUGAACUCCUGGACAUGACUCACAAGACCAACUGCAUCCAGGCUCAAACAGUAUUGAAGGCUUGGAGCAAGCGUGAACAGGCACGCAGAGAAGAUGGUCAGAUUAUAGAAACACCAAACUUCAUCUUUCGCAUACGAGACGUUAUAGCGAGCGAGAGCCGAACUUCUGAACCUUCGCCACAGCAGCCCAUCACACAUGCCCCUGCAAGUGCCACUCAGAUGACAGACCUCGAUCCUUUCCUAGGUAAUUACUUGGACGUCUCGACUCUCAAUUGGGAUUUGUGGGGGACCAUGACCCAACCACCACCACCGCCGCAGCAAAGUCAACUACCGAUUCAAUUAUAUGGCAAUUUUCCUAUGGGUAACUUGGGUUAG